AUGCUGGCCCGUAUGAGUGCGCCAGUUCUGCGCCAGCUCACGCGCAACUCCUCUGUACCUAUGCGCGUCUCCGCACGUGCUAUGCCCGUGCGUAUGCUCUCGACGACGGUGUCCGUGCGCGCCUCGGAAGACCCGCGUCCGGACUUGGACCAGUCGUUGCCACCAGGUUUCGAGAAAGUUGGCAAUUCGCCAGACGCUCUUUCUGCCAUCAACAAGCUGGUUGAGGUUCUCAAGAAGAAUGGCGUGGACGUGGCGAAUGGUGAAAAGCCCAGCAUGAUGCAGCUGGCCAAGUUGGCUACCGUGCAGGAAGUGCGUGAAGCUACGACCAAAGUCGUGGAAGAAAUUCGCAAGCUGGGCGUGAAUAUCUCGCCAGAAAACCUCAGCAAGAUUUUCAAGAGCGGGGAAAAGUAG